ACCGUUUUGUUUACAUUUAUUUUAACAACAAUAACUUACCAUCAUAUACACCAUGAGAUUGAAUGAAAAAAUCAAAAUCCUGGGAAAACGUGUAAUCCUCGUACCGUACGAAGCCAAACAUGUACCUAAAUACCACACCUGGAUGCAAUCGCAAGAAUUGCAAGAGUUGACCGCUUCUGAACCCUUGACACUCCAAGAAGAAUAUGAAAUGCAACGUUCGUGGCGUGAAGAUGAAGACAAAUGUACUUUUCUUAUACUCUGUCGCGACAACUAUAAUAAAACAGACAAUGAAAUUGAAUCUUUGGUAGGUGAUACCAAUCUGUUUUUAACUAUUGAUCCAGACACAAACGAAAAAGUGGCCGAAACAGAAAUAAUGAUAGCUGAAUCGAAUGUACGAGGAAAAGGUUAUGGUUGGGAGUCUAUGCUGUUAAUGAUGAAAUAUGCUCAACAAAAUUUGGCAAUCGAUAAAUUUGAGGCGAAAAUUGGCAUGGACAAUGAGAAAUCUAUUAAAAUGUUUGAAAAGAUGAAAUUUAAUGAAGUGCGAAGAGUAGAAGUUUUUCGGGAAAUAACCCUAGAGAGAUUGGUAACAUCGGAGUGGAUACAAUGGCUAGAUGAACAAGUUAAAUUAGAAAUAGAAGAUUAUUAAAACUAUACAUAAUAAUGUAAUUUUAUUUAUACUUUUGACAAAAAAUAAAUACAUACAUGUUAUUAAAUA